CUCAACACAAGCGAGAGAGGGCUAAGGCUUCAGCUAACAAAUCUGCCGCUAGUCAGCUUAAAUCGAACGAAGCUGCAAAAACUGUUAUAUGUCAAAUUUGUCGGAAUACCUUUUUGUGCACAGUGAGACAAAAAGCAUUGGCGGAACAUGCAGAAAACAAACAUAGCAAAAAGCUAGAAGAAUGUUUUCCUGGAUUUGCGGAAGUUCAAAGAUAG